AUGGGUGAACCUGGUCCUUCUGGCUCCGGAAAUAUGUUCCAGUUCCCAUCAUCGGUACUGGAAGAUCCUGAACACUUUGCCUUAUUUCAACAGCAAUUGCAAGAGGCUUUCAAACAGAAGCAAAUGGAACUUGUCAGUUCUUAUGAGCAAGCUCAACAAGCUUUGAACUUACAACAGUUACAGCAGUAUUAUCAGAACAUCACUGGUAAUCAAGGGCCCCCUCUUGUUACGAUGGAUAGCCGUGAUAGCGAUAAUAAUCCCUCAUCUCGCUCGUCAUCCGUUAGUAGUCUAUUGAGCUCCAGUCUUCCCCAGGUCCCAACUACAUCACAAGAAACUCCUACAACACAAUCCGCAACACCUACACCUACUCAUCCAAUGAAGCUAAAAGCGGAAAUGAGAUCUUUCUCCGGCUCCGGAGCUCAGACUAUUUCGCAACAUACGAAAGAUCGCCUGAAGAAUAUGAUUGCUCAGAGAAAUAAAGAGGGUAGUCAAGGAAGUUUAUGUGGAACUCCACCUCAUCAACCUAUGAGUCCUCAGAUGCAAGUGAACGUCAGUUCUCCGCAUUUUGAACCUUAUCGAAUACCAACAUCUAUUCACCAAGCUCCUCAAACUCCUCAGCCACAACCUGAAUUUCAUCAACUACGGAAAGUUAAUAGUGAACCUAACUUGAAAAUGAGAAUAAGAGCGAAGCUGUUAAGUAAAGGAAGCAGCCCCGUUCAAAAUACUCCUUCAUUUAAUUAUUCCCAUCCGCCGUUGAAAAGAAGUGAUAGUGAGAAUUCUACAUCCGGCAAUCUUCCCGUUGAUGCCAUUUUAAGCGCUAACACAGCAUUAGCGCAGAAUCUAAUGGUGCCGUCUCCAAGUUUGCCUAAUUUGUCAGCCCCCAUACCUAAUCAGUUGCAAAUUGAUAUACCUUCUUUGUUGGCAGCAGCACAGCUUACACCUUUCUUAAGCUUACCAAGUUUGUUCCAAGCACAGCUAGGAUUAGGGAGCGGGAUUGAAGAGUCCGGAAUAGACAAAAACAAGCUAGAUCCUCGUUUCUCAUUGGGUCUCACACAGAAUUUGCCAGUUGGCGGCUAUCCUUCUUUACUGAAACAGCAGUUGAGAGAACUAGUACUCAGACGUAAGAGUCUAGUAAGAGAAGAGCAAGAAGAUGAAGACUCUUAUGCUAGCAGCCUAUUGAAUUCAAAAAGUACAGCUUCCAACCCUGAACCUAAUGCUCUACCUAUCACUGGAUUGACUUACGAUUUGGCAAUGGCUAAGCAUGAGUGCACUUGUGGAGUAUCCAGUACGCACAUAGAGAAUGGGGGAAGAGUUCAGCAAAUUUGGAAUCGACUGAAUGAUGCUGGCUUGGUUGAUAAAUGUGAAAAAGUAUUAGCCAAGAAAGCAUCACUGGAUCAAUUGAGGCUCGUGCAUACCUCAACUUAUGUGACUUUUUUUGCUGUUUCUCCUACAGCCUGUUUGAAAAUGGAAGCUUCUCAGCUACCUGUGAAAAGCUUCGUUCAAUUAGCGUGUGGAGGAAUAGGAAUUGAUACGGAUACGUAUUUUAAUGAUAACAAUACUCAGUUAGCCGCUCGAAUUGCAACAGGGUCUCUUAUUGAACUGGCCUGUCAAGUUGUUGACGGUCGCUUGAAGAACGGUUUCGCUUGUAUUCGACCACCUGGUCAUCAUGCAGAGCCUGAUCACGCGAUGGGUUUCUGUUUCUUCAACAAUGUUGCCAUUUGCGCGAAGCAACUACAAUUAAAAUACCCUCAAAAAUGUAAAAGAAUUGCCAUAAUCGAUUGGGAUGUUCAUCAUGGGAAUGGAACCCAACAAUGCUUCGAAGAAGAUCCCAAUGUUUUGUAUAUAUCGCUUCACAGACAUGACAACGGUAAUUUCUACCCCGGAACAGGAGCUGUAACAGAAAUGGGAAAGGGUGCUGGAAAGGGUUACACUGUUAAUGUAGCAUUUUCGGGAGAUGUAAUGGGUGAUCCUGAGUACUUGGCUGCCUGGAGAGCAAUAGUUGAACCGAUACUUGAUUCCUAUCGCCCGACGUUCAUCCUUGUUUCUGCAGGAUUCGAUGCAGCUUCCAAUCAUCCCAAGGUGUUGGGAGGAUACGAAGUAUCUGCCUCUAUGUUCGGUUUUAUGACUCGUCAACUUCUAAACUAUGCUGAUGGAAAAGUAGUGUUGGCUUUAGAAGGAGGAUAUGCAAUCGAAUCAGUUUGUGACGCUGCCGAGCAUUGUGUUAAGGUGUUGAUGGGAGAAGAAGACGAUGCUGGAAAAUUGCCUUUCAAGUCCUUGGAUACCGCACCGUCUGUAAUGGCCCAGGAAACCAUUCAAAAGGUGAUAUCGAUUCAUAAAGAUGCUUGGCCAUCUCUCACUCUUCAACAUGGUGUGUCAACCAGCGAAAUGGAAUGGCAGCUUAUAAGACAUCAACUUCAGAACUUGUCGAUGGACACGAGUUAA